GACGCGGUGUGGUUCGCCGCGGCGCUCGAGGGCUGGGCCGUCGCGCGCACGCUGCUCGCGCGCCUCGGCGGCGACGCCGCGGCGCAGGCGCCGGGGCGGCUGUACCCCCUCACGCCCGGGCGCGAGAAGGAGGUGCGCGAGCCGGGCCCCGAGUCGCAGGCGUGGCGCGACGUCGUCGAGGCGUACGGCCUCGCGCUGAGCAUCUACCAACAGUGCCUCGCGCCGCCGCACGUCCAGCUCGAGUCCGCGCGCUCCAUGACGAACGACACGCCGCGCGACUACACGCCGCCGCUCGUGCACGCGACGGCGUGCCUCUCGUACGCGCGCUUCCUCCUCGCGCUCUUCGCGUCCGGCGGCUGGAACGGCGAGGCGUUCGACCAGCUCGUGUACGGCGGCGUGCCGCCCGCGCUCGACACCGGCGUGCCGCUCACGUUCGCCGAGCACGCGCACCUCGCCGCCGUCUCGGGCGUGUACCGCCACGAGAUCGCCGCGGCCGUCCACAUGGCCUGCACGCCGUCGCUCCGCCUGCUCCCCGCGCCGGACCAGCUGUCGGUCUUCAGCGCGAUGUACCACCUGCUCAGCCUGCUCGGCCUCGCGCGCAGCGCCGCGCACAUGGCGCGCGUCCUCGGCGCGAUCGUCAGCGGGCUCCUCGCGCGCUCGCUCGCCGCGCGCGCGUCGCGCGCGCCGCCGAGCAUCGCGUGGGACGCGCAGCGGCCGCUCACGAGCGCGCCGCCGGGCGUCGACGUGCUGCUGGACGGCACGCACGCGCACGCGAACCCCGCGCUCGUGCUCGGCCUCGUCGCAUGCGAUGCGUACGGCCUCGACAUCCUCUCGACGCCGCUCCUGCAUGUGCCGCCCACGCACAUCCUCGAGCGGGCGCGCCGGCGCGUGUGUGCGCACGCGUACACCGACGUGCUUGCGAGCGCGCUCGGCGUGCGCGACGCACAGGCAUGGCUCCCCGCGCUGAGCGCCAGCGCGGCCGUCGCGCGGCACCAGGCCGCGCGCCCCGCGUUCGGGUGGCGCGAGCUGCAGGCGCAGCUGCUCAAGGACCUCCUCGUGCAGUGCGAGAGCGUCCACGAGCACGUCGGCCAGGUG